AUGACAGAGAAGCUGACUCAAAUAAGGGCACUUAUGUGCUCAGAAAGUAUUGAUGCUUAUUUUCUCCCCAAUAAUGACUUCCACAACGUAAAAAAAUAAUCAGAACGAAAACUUAUGUGACCAUGACAAAAGACUGGAAUUUGUAUCAGGAUUUCAAGGAUCAAAUGGACAAAUUUUAAUAACAAAAGAGCAGGCUUUGUUAUGAACUGAUGGGAGAUUUUGACAAAAGGUAAAAUAUAUUCAGGCUGAAGAGGAUCUUGAUCAAGGGUGGACUGUAAUGAAGAUGGCAAUAGGCUACCCUACGUAUAUUGAUUGGAUUACCCGCAAUUUACCUACUGGCAGCACUAUUGGAUAUGAUCCAGCUUUAAUAUGUGCAGAAAGCGUAUUGGCUAGAACAAUUUAUUUUAAUGAUAAAGGGUUUACUUUUAAGCCUUUGUCUAAUUUCCCUUCUUAGUUAUCGAGCAAAACUUGAAAAAUCCUAUUUUUGGGAAAAUUAGCCUUUCGUUAUGAGGCAUUUUUUAGUAAUAAAUUUUUUCCAAAUAAUAGUUUGAUAUUAAUGAGAUUUCAAUUAAUUCCAUUAAAAUUUAAAUAUCUCAAGUCUUUUAAAUAUAAAUUUUAUAUAUAUAUUAGAUUUCAUUUCAAAUAUUUCUAAAUUUGGAUUUAUUAAAGUUGAAAUAUUGUUUUUUAAUUUAAUAAUAGGAAUAUUUUUAUUUAUUGUAAUUGGAUAUAAAAUUAGCAGCCUUGUCUUACUAGCGAAUUUUUUCUGCUCACUAAAAAGGGGGAGUAAGAAUUUAGUUAACUCAAUUUGGGCGGAUCAACCUAACAUUCCUAAUGAAAAGUUAUUCAUCCAUGAUAUUAAGUAUGCAGGAGUAUCUGCUGAACAAAAGAUAUUUAUAGUUUUGAACCAAUUACGUAGGCUUGGCUCGAAUUACCUUUUUACAUCAGCCUUAGAUGAAAUAGCGUGGCUGCUUAAUCUGAGAGGGAAAGACAUCCAAUAUAAUCCACUGUUUUUCUCAUUUUUACUAUUGCAUGCUACAAAUGCAGGAUAUCAAAUAAUUUUAUUUAUAAACCCAGAAAAAACAAAUGGACUCGACGAUUAUUUAUCUCAAAACCAUAUAGAAGUCCGCCCAUAUGAAUCAGCAUGAGACUAUUUAAGCACAAUUGAAGAAAAUAUCAUAAUUGACAAAAAUGAGCUAAGCUACAGUUUUUACCAAAAAAUUAAAACCCCAAUUCACUACCCAGGAUUAAUUGCUAAAAUUAAAGUGAUUAAAAAUCCAAGAGAGUUGCAAGGGUUCAGAGAAAGCCAUAUCAGAGAUGGAGUAGCUAUAGCCAAGUAUUUUGCUUGACUAAAACAACAAUUAGACUCAGGAGCAGAUCUCAACGAAUGGACUUCUGUUGAAAAACUAGACGAAUUUAGAGCAUCGGAAGAAUUAAAUGCAGGAUUGUCUUUUGAAAAUAUAUCGUCUGUAGGGCCAAAUGCAGCUAUAAUUCAUUAUGCACCAACUCAAGAAACUGCAGCUAAAAUUACAAAUGAUCAAAUGUACCUGCUUGACUCUGGAGGUCAAUAUUUAGAUGGAACAAUUGAUACGACAAGAACAAUGCACUUUGGGAGUCCAACAGAUUGGGAAAAAGAGUGCUAUACUAGAGUGCUAUUGGGGAAUUUAGGUGUAGAAAGGCUUGUAUGGCCUGAGUAUAAUCGAAUGAGUGGAAAUGAAGUUGAUGUAGUUGCGAGAAAAUGGCUUUGGGAAGCAGGUCUUGACUAUCCUCAUGCCACUGGACAUGGGGUUGGUUAUUUUUUAAAUGUGCAUGAAGGCCCACAUCGUAUAUGCAAAGGAAGCACUGAGCCAUUUCAAGCAGGAAUGAAUGUUGCGAAUGAGCCUGGAUAUUAUGAAGAAGGGCAUUUUGGGAUCAGAAUUGAAAAUAUUCUACUAGUCGUUAUGCACCCAUUGGUGCCAGGAUUGCUGGGAUUUGAAAAUGUAACUAUGGUUCCAUAUGAUAAAAAUCUAUUAGAUUUUAGGCUGCUAUCACAAAGAGACAUUCAAUACAUAAAUGCUUACCAUAGUAAAAUUUGGCAAAACUUGAGUCCAAUUUUGGAAAAUAGAGGAGAAACAGCUGCUUUAGAAUGGUUAAGAGGAGCGACAACUUCUAUAAAUCAAAUUAUUAAUUAG